AUGGCGACCGAAUCUGGACACGAUAUUCCCGACACCAAUGCCUACAUGGGCGACUCAGCGGCAGACCGUGUAUUUCACAUACUCGAAAUUGCACAAUUGAUCGUGUGCGAGUUGGAGCUCAAAGACCUGUUCAGAGCCUUGCCCAUCACCAGAGACUUGUGGGAAACCCGAGACAAAAUACCAGAUCGUGUUUGGGCGCAUCAUUUGAGGCGCCUUGGCUAUCCGGACUAUGUGAUUCGGGAUACCUCAUAUUGCCUACGGACUAGCUAUAUCUCGAUAGCUCAGGCCGUUGAUGGUAUCAGCAGAGGUGUUCGGCCCAAAUCAGAACGAAUCAUUACGGAAGAUUAUGGAAAAGGCAAAUACAUUCAUCUGAGCUGCGAAGGCAAUAUGGAACCGCCGCUCAUGUUCCUAUCUUUUAAUUCUGGUAUCCGCUGGAAUCUGAGAGGCAAUAUGUACACCCUUGACGGCAUCGUUUUGAAGUUAUUGACGACGCGCGGUGAAGAACCAUUUCACCGAAUAUGCGAUGGCAAUUCUGUUUUGAUUUCGGGGCCCAAUCGUUCUUUCGAAGCGCGGAGGUUAAAGGAUUGGUCGUUGACAGCCCGAUUCGAGAACUUUAACCUUCCGGAUGGCACAGAGAUUGAGAGAUAUUUUUUAUUCAAUGACAAACACAUGGUCAGCAUGUACGACUCCCCUGUGGAGGAACGAGAUGCCGAAGGGGACAAUGGAGAUCGAGUGGUUCAUCAUACAAUGGUAGAAUUCUGGGAUUUCGACGGUCAAAAACGUGGAGAGUCAGUUCUCCACGGCGUACUCCAUUCCGAGAUGUCCUUGUCUUCCAUCAAUGGGUGCCAAUAUUUCACAGUCACGUCCUCUAGCAGCCAAGCCACAUCGUGGAGCCGAGCCACAUCGUGGAGCCUCGACACCUUGGACAUUGUGUUUGAACGCAGCCUAUCAACCGAAGAGAAGAGGAAAGGCUAUACAUUAAAAUUAUUCGGAGAUGUCCUCAACCUGCUAAGCUCAUCUGGUGAGAGUUUGGGUCAUUGGCUGGUGGAUGGCGGAGAGACAUCCGUAGAAGUCGCAGAGAUGCUCAGACAUUGUGCGUAUUACCCUAUUCGAAAAUUCUCCGACGGACACAGAGUAUCAUGGAGCCGCCGACAUCCAGUUCUAUGGGAUAAGGAGGGAAAACCCAUCAAAGGUUUCUUAUGGCAGGACGACGAGAUAAGACGACGAGGCCUGAUUCCCUGUGCCAACAGAUUCUUUGGCUUUCCUACUACGGAGGAAAUGACAUCUGCGCGGUCUGUGAAGUGGACUGCUGGCAUACUCUUUGACAGAUUCUUCUUCAUUAUAUCUUUCCUUCCAAACUCUUGGAUUGCCGCAUUCCGACAGCCGUUGCUGGUCGUUUACUCCAAGAAAGGAGUCGCUUUGACCUCGAGGCUUCUGCACAGCGACAUGCGAGGAAUGGAUCUUACUUGGUUUAUCGACAUCCUUGGGCGCUUGGUGAUCAUAUACCAUAGGUUUAGCGGUAUGACAGAUGAAUGGGAAGUGAUAGACUUCAGAGGGAACCUGUCUGAAUCUGGGAAGAAGGCAGCCAACUUCCAAGAGUCCCAGAGUCCCAGAGUCAUUGAAAAUUGA